AUGCUCGACGUGGUUCGUCCUUUGCCUUACAAGGGUGUCGUUGUGGAGCUGAAAAACAACAUCAUCAAACAUUCUAUUGACGGUAUCCAAAUUCCCCUCAACACAUACAAGUCUAUAGUGUGUUGUGGCGCCACGGCCGAGUAUCAAUGUGGCCGACUCACAAAAGAGAAAUAUUACACCCGACUGGAGUCGGAUUUUGAGCACUCUCGAAAGGAAAUUGAGACGUUGUUCGGAAAUAUAGAGAAGUCACUUCACGUGAACGAAACUGUCCUGAAUUCUCUACAGAAAAUCAAGGAUCGCUUCCGGGGUCAAUUGAAAAUAUACGCAGUGGCCAACCUUUCCCAAGAGGACUACGUAACAGUGCGCUGUCUUCCAAUCGAUUGGACCCUUUUUGAUGAGGUGUUUGUUUCGGGAAAUGUUGGCAUGCGAAAACCAGAGCUUCGAUUCUACAAGCACAUACUGAAUAGUACUGGUUUGCUGCCUGAGGAGCUGAUUUAUGUUGACGACGAUACGGAUAAUAUCCUAGCGGCCAUUUCUCUGGGCAUUGAAGGUAUUCUUACCCCGACUGCCCCAAUUGGCCGCACAAUCGUCAAUCUGGUAGAUGUGGAUGCCGUAAGUCGAGGCAUGCAGUUCCUGCGAGACAAUGCCAAAAACUUUCCAUCUUUGACGCAUUCUGGGGUGGCUAUCCGAGAGAACUUUGCACAGCUGAUGAUACUUGAUUCGGUACAUGACAUGAGUCUAGUCGACAUUGAACAACAUCCAUUCACUUGGAACUAUUUCAUCGGCACACCUGUUCUCACUCAGUUGGUCUUUCCUGAUGAUCUGGACACUACCUCUCUGGGAACCGUGAUAUUAGAUCGACCCCCUGCAGUUGCACACCAGGUAAUGGACAAAAUGCUGCAUUACCGAAACCGCGAUGGAAUUAUCCAGACCUAUUUUACCGACUUCAAAAACAGAGUAGACCCCGUAGUGUGUUGCAAUGUCCUCUCUCUGUUCUACAAGUACGGUCGUGGUGAGGAGCUCCCAGAGACAUUGAACUGGGUUUACCAGGUUUUGAAACGUCGAGCAUACAUCCAUGGCACCGCAUUCUACCCCAAUCCCGAAGCAUUUCUCUAUUUCUUCUAUCGAUUUUUGGAGCGGAUCUCCAACGAUCCACAGUUGAGUGCGAGGUUACGGGCGCUGCUGUAUGUGCGGCUCCAAGAACGUAUUGGAGUUCCAGUGGAUGUAGUCGGUCUAGCAAUGCGGCUGAUUGCCCUCAAUGGAGUUGGAAUUUCCGAUCCAAGAGGCCUCAAGGAACUGAUGAUGAAGCAAGAGGAAGAUGGAGGUUGGGAUAUGGGCACUUUGUAUCAGUAUGGGUCUAAGAAAUUGCCCAUUGGCAACCGAGGGACUGCCACUGCGUUGGCAAUAGAGGCAAUUAGAUGUUGCAAACACACGAUAAUGGAGGAUGAAGAUGAUUAA